CCCCUGCCCUCCCUAGGAGACCCCUCUCCUCCUCCGCGCACUCCAGCGGAGAAGAGCCCCCUCCGACCGACCGGUCCCCACCGCUGGAGCCUGCCCCAUUUGCCCCUUCUCGGCUGCCGGGCUCCCUCCGCCCAAGCGCCGCAGUUGUUUCCGCGAUGGCCCUUCUUCCCGGGAGGGGGCUGGGGGGUGACUGUGACUUGGGAGUCACCCCGCAGUGGCUGGAGCUGCCCCGAGACCGGCACCUGAGCUGGGGGGUGGGGCAGAUGGAGCUGUGAAAACCGGGACUAACCCCGCCCGGUGUGGAGGAGGUCUGCAAUGUUUGAGACUCCCAUUGCCAAAGUUUCCCCCAUCCCACCCAGGAGAGAGAGGGGCAGGCUGUUUAGGGCCUUCAACUAGAAAUGUGUGUGCUUUGAAGACUGCUCUAUGCCCGAGAGUACAUGAAGACAGGAAGUCGGUUUGGAGCAGGUCUCCCCAGUGUUGCUUAACUGGAACUUGUCACCCCCAUGGCCUCAGCAAUGCCCCUGGCAAUGAUGUGGGAGGAGGUCACGUGCCCUAUCUGCCUGGAUCCCUUUGUGGAUCCUGUGAGCAUCGACUGUGGCCACAGCUUCUGCCGGGAAUGCAUCUCUGAGGUUGAGAGAGACGGGCGCAGCAUCUGUCCUGUGUGUAGGCAACGCUUUCAGCUCAAGAACCUACGACCCAACCGGCAGGUAGCCAACAUGAUGGAAAACCUGAGAAAAAUGAGCCAGGAUGCCACCAAGCAGGGCACACCGGGGAUGCAGUGUGCAGUGCAUGGAGAGAAACUUCACCUGUUCUGUGAGGACGAUGGGAAUGUCCUUUGCUGGGUGUGUGCCCAAUCUCGUAAACACCGUGACCACUCCAGGCUCCCUAUCGAGGAGGCUGCUCAGGAGUACCAGGAGAAGCUCCAGGUGGCAUUGGAAAAACUGAGGAGAAAACAGGAGGCAGCUGAGCAUUUAGAAGUGGAAGUUGCAGUGAAGAGAGCAGACUGGAAGAGGAAGGUUGAGACACAAAAAUCUACGAUUCAUGCAGAGUUUGCAAAGCAAAAAAUCUUCCUCGCCAAAGAGGAAGAGAGGCAGCUGCAAGAGCUUGAGAAAGAUGAGAGGGAACAGCUGAGACGUCUGGGGGAGAAAGAGGCUGAGCUGGCCCAGCAGAGCCAGGCCCUGCAGGAGCUGAUCUCAGAGCUGGAGCGGAGGAGCCACAGCUCAGCACUGGAGCUGCUGCAGGAUGUGAAAAUUGUCCUGGAAAGGAGUGAGUCCUGCAACGUGAAGAACCUGGACGUUGUCUCCCCAAACCUGAGUAGUGUGUGCUGUGUGCCGGGGCUGAAGGACGUGCUGAGGAUGUGUGGAGUGCACGUCACUCUGGAUCCAGACACAGCCAACCCCUGGCUCCUCCUUUCAGAGGAUCGAAGACAAGUGAAGCUUGGACUCUCUCGGCAGGAGGUACCUGAGAAUGAAGAGAGAUUUGACAAUUAUCCCAUGGUCCUGGGUGCUCAGCGCUUCAACUCUGGAAAAUUUUACUGGGAGGUAGAUGUGACGGGAAAGGAGGCCUGGGACCUGGGGGUUUGCAGGGACACGGUACGGAGGAAGGGUAUUUUUUCUCCCAGCUCCGAGAAUGGCUUCUGGACAAUUUGGUUGUGGAGUAAACAAAAAUAUGAGGCUAGCACCUACCCUCAGACUCCCCUCCACCUUCGAGUGCCUCCACGCCAAGUCGGGAUUUUCCUAGACUAUGAGGCUGGCACUGUCUCCUUUUACAACAUCACUGACAACGGCUCCCUCAUCUACCUCUUCUCUGAAUGUGACUUCACUGGACCUCUGCGGCCCUUCUUCAGUACUGGUUUCAAUGACACAGGAGGAAACGCAGCCCCUCUGACCCUUCGUCUGCUGAAGACGAGACAUAAGGGACCCACCGACUGUUGAUGGCACUCUGGGUGCUGAAACCCUCCCUGUUGAGACACCCCUUCUCAGCCACAGACCCUGUGUCUUUUCCCAUGAACUCUGUGCCACCUCUGUCUCUCAGAGAGAGAUCACCUGAUGUCUCACAGAGGCAUCAGGAUCCCAGCCAGCAGGCUUUAGCGGCAAGAUCACCUCAACAGCAAUAUUCCUGCACUAGAUUGCUUUAUGAUUCUCCCCACGGAAGUGAACUCUUUAUAUUUGGCCCAAACUAAUCUGGAUCAACAAAAAUGUGAUUCUGUCGUCUUUAUGUGACUGAAGUUUUUUGGUUUUUUUUUCUCCUUUCUGUCUCUAGGUUGUUGCCUUUGGUCACAUCUCUAUUAUAUUUUACAUGGUUUGCAAAAGGACUUUCAAAAAAAAGUUGUACCUUAAUCUAUCCCAUUCAGUUCUUCUUUAAUCUUGAAAUACUUGACAGAUCUGAAUAUAAUUAAUAAUGAUAUAUCUAUUACAUUG